AUGCAGGCCUGCGUCCAUGUGUUUCAUCCCCCCGUCGCGCGGUCUUUGGCGCCCAGCUCUCCAGGCUUCGCUGAGUUGGAUGAUGCGGACCUGGCCGAUGAGCUUUUGACCGGGUUUGAGGAUGGAGCAGAAUCAGCUGCCAGGGUUGUCCGUCUGGCAACUGUGGCGAACAAUCGUCUCAAAAGACAUGGACUGGCAGACCCUUUGCUGUCCAAGCUCGCGAAGUGCGGCAAGAACAAAACCGAUUCACAUAUUUGCAGGAAUCUCCACAAGACCAUCAAGGCUUUUGGAAGGGCUCUGCCGGUUGAGAUUUCAGGGGGAUGUGAUUUAAGCCACGCAGCAGAGUUUUCGAUUGUGUUGAAGCAGUAUUGGGAGCGAUUCACUAGCUGCACUCCAGUGCCAGAGUCUGUGUGGGGUCAGUCGAUCCCUGUGGCUCUCCAUGGGGACGAAGGCCGCGGUCGGCUGAAGCAACCUGUGAUGGAACCUUUAGUACAAGCCCAGGACUGGUGGAACGUGAAGUAUGCUGUCAAGAACCUCCAGCCUGGUGACAUCAACCCGGCACCGUUCAAAAGCCUACGCUCACCUUUGAGGGAUCUGUUGAUCAUAGGCGAGAAUGCCAAGUUUGCCAGGAUAGAUCCAGCACACACUUUUGCCAUCGAUGGGAUUGGGAAAAAUUUCUAUGCCAGCGGAAUCCUUGCUUUGAUGCAGAUUCAGCACUUCGGGGGAACUUCCACAGACCAAAGGUUCCAGAACGCUUACUCUAGCUUCAUCACCUGGUGCAAUGCUCAUCGCAAACAGACAAGCAUAUAUGAAUUUUCCUACAAAAGCUUCAAGCUUCCAGUUGGUUCGCUCCUU